UUCACAGUAUAGCAAAGUUGCUUUUUUUAUGCAGCUGAAGCAUGAGGAGCGAAGCUGGAUUGUCCCAUGAGCUGUGUGGUAUAAAGGCUUUCAAAGAGAAGUGACCAUGAAGCCUUGAUCAUCUUUGGGACAGCUGGAUGUUUCUAAUAAGAUGGAUGAUUUGGUCGUUCUUGACCUUCUGGAUUGCCCCUUAUGCCAUGGAAAACUGGACGUUACUGCCAAGGUGUUGCCAUGCCAGCAUACCUUUUGCCAGCCUUGUCUGCAGAGGAUAUUUAAAGCCAGGAAGGAACUGAAAUGCCCAGAAUGCAGGACCCCUGUACAGUGCAGCAUUGACGAGCUGCCAGCCAACUUAUUAUUAGUACGAAUACUAGAUGGCUUGAAAGGUGGACAAACCCUUCUGAGAAGAAACUCCUCAAGGAGGAUGGGGGGUCUCUUUAUCAAAGAUUCUUUGAAGAAGAAUAAAGCAAACAGAGCAAGCCAAGAUUCUACAUCUAGGACCAUUUCCAAGGCUGGGAUGCCUGUUGAUGGGCAAUCUUUUUUUAAACCCCUCACGGCCAACAGAUGCAAUUCGCCCAGAGAUCUGACCUUGAGUAAAGGAGAUAUCAUUGUUCUACACAGACAACUGGAUGAGAACUGGAACAAUGGACAAGCCAACAGGGGCAGCAGAAUAUCUCCCGAGACCUCUGGGAAGGUUCUCCAGCCGGCACCUGCACUUUGCAAGGCUAUAUACAAAUUUGAUCUGAAAGAAAAGAACAGGGAAAGCAAGGAUUGCUUGAAAUUUCAAAAGGAUGAUGUUAUCAGUGUGAUCCGACGUAUGGAUGAAAACUGGGCAGAAGGCAAGCUUGGAGAUCAAGUGGGCAUUUUUCCGCUGAUGUUUGUAGAGCUGAACCAAACAGCUAAACAACUGCUGGAGUCAAAUAAAAAUAGAAGCCAUCAGAAUAGUACCCUUCCUCCAUUGAUGAAAGCACCCUCAAAGGUUAAAGGUACACAAGUGACAGCCAACCAUACAAUGCCUGAGGGCCGCCGGAAAGGCCCCCGUCAGUUUCUAAUCACAAAUGCCCUGAACAGAUUCAACAAAAUGGUUCAUUCUCCAACGGGCCGUCAAACUCCUGAAAUAAGUAGCCCUAUUCUUAUCAGUUCCAGCAAUUCUGCCAUCAUUGAGAAGGCAGAAGGCUUGUCCACUUCACCAGUACAGGUUAAUAAUUCCCUAUACUAUCCCACAUUUGGAACACAGAGCAACGGAACACCAUUAAUGGCUCUUCCCAGUUCUCACCAGACUAUUCUGGCAAACAUGUGUAUUGUUCUGCAUCCAUACAUGGCUAAUGGGCCAGAAGAAAUGAACCUCCAAAAAGGGGAAGGAGUCCGUGUCCUAGGGAAAUUCCAGGAAGGCUGGCACCGAGGAGUAUCACUGGUUACUGGAAAAAUUGGGCUCUUUCCAAGCUAUUGUGUUAGUCCUGUGUACAGGAAAUCUCCCAACUACACUGAUCCUAGAGUGUCAGCAAAUAGCACUAAAUGGAUUUCAAGCAGUGCCUCGGUUUCUUCACAAGGCAGCAUGUCAGAAAAUGGAUUGAGCCGCCCCUUCCGACCUUUUGUACCAACUGCUGUGGUUGAACCGAUGAAACAGAACAUGCCUUCAUCUUCAGCAGCAGUAACCCUCCGAAGGAACAGCAAGAUCCUCAGAAAAUGUUCAACUCUCCAGAGGAAUGCCCAGAGCAACUCUACUGCCCUUCCCAUGACUUCCACUUACCGACCUUCUUCAGCCACCAUUCAGUCUCAACCAAUUCAUAUAUUUUAUAAUGCCUCCCAAUCUAAUGUCGGCACAAGUGCUGAGAACUGUCUGAGACCACAGUCGGCCUACAAUGCAGUAUCUUUUGGUGGCAGAACCAAUGAUUACAGGAGAUAUUCCACUGCCAGCUAUGUGUUUAUAGAAACAAAUGAAUCCUCUGCUAAAAGUGAUUCAAUGGCAAAAUCCCCAUUAAGAGGACCACCAUCUAUACUAGUGAAACCGGAUACACCUAAGAGCACAACUGACAAGCAGGUGAAGACAGUGAGGUUCUUGAACUUUAGUCCUCCUCCAUUAAAGCGCCAGGGCUCUCAGAUACAAUACAGCACCAGGAAUGAGCAGCUAAUAACAGAGGCACCAAAGGCAGAAGGAACGGCAGCUUCUGAAACCAUCUCAAAUCAGCAGCCACGAGCCAACCCCAUGCUGAUAAAGCCAACAGACAACCGAGGAAUGUACAAACUAAGAAGUUCCAGCAGCGACAUUGUUGUCCCAAAAUCCCCAAUUUCUGUUGCCAGCAAAAGAGCACCAAAUGACAGCAUGAAAAGAUGGAGCGCUGUCUAUUACCCACAAGAUAUACUCUCCUCUUAAAUUUGCUUUAUGGGACUUAACAUUGGAAAUACUAUCUUCAGUCCUGAUCUUUUUUUAUAGUGCUUUUUUUUUUCAUUUUGUUGGACUUGGUAAAUUAUAUUUUGUGUCAGAGUUUCAGUGUAUCUUUUUCAUCAAUUCAUUUUGUCGUUCUGGACAGACUUACUAUGUCGAGCAAAGGAUCACUGGCAGGUUCAGUAAUAAAUGUCUUUUCUUCACCUUGUCCUUACUACCCGGCCAGUUUUAUGGCAGAUAUUCUGUCAUUCCUUUUUUUUUUUUUUUUUUUUUUUUUUGCAACACACAAAAUCACAUAAUUUUUUUGUCCAAAAUAUCAGCUGGAUGAUUUUCCUCCCCUGCAAAUAAGGUCGCUUACUCAUCAAGAUGAAAGUCACAGAUACGGGAUGUAUAGAGACAUGGAGGGACCAGAAAUAUAUUCUCUUGUUAUAAUGUAAUGAGUUGCUGAUAUUUGCAUUUGCUAAUGUCUGUAUCACUUUUUUUAAUCUCUCUGCAUCAUGCAAAACUAAUUUCCACCUAUUAUUGUACACAUUUUGAUACCAAUAAGUAAGCAUUGUUACAUUUUGUUAGACAAAAUUAUCAUCCAUUAUAUAUCUCCAAAAUAUUGUGCAGUACUUUACAGAGACAACCAUAAUUUCCAGCAGUUUCUGGCCCAGUGGAGCUUACAAUUUAAUUCCUCCAUCUCAUCUACAAUAGCAUGCACAAUAGGGGGCUGAAUAUUAACUUUAUAGAUUGCAGUUUCUAAAACCUGCAUUUAGGCAGGUUGUUUAAACUUUCAUUUUGAAAAAAAUAUAGAAUUAGCAAAAAAGUCUAUUAAAAAAACAUUGUGAUUUUU